UCAGAGAUGUCUGCCAGACCGGGAUUCUACCGGCAGGAGCUGAACAAGACGGUGUGGGAGGUUCCGGAGCGGUACCAGAACCUGACGCCGGUGGGCUCCGGCGCGUACGGCUCCGUGUGCUCGGCGUACGACGUGGUGCUGAGGCAGAAGGUGGCGGUGAAGAAGCUGUCCCGGCCGUUCCAGUCCCUGAUCCACAGCCGCCGCUCGUACCGGGAGCUCCGGCUGCUCAAGCACAUGAAGCACGAGAACGUUAUCGGACUGCUGGACGUCUUCUCGCCCGCUGCCGCGCUAGAAGACUUCAAUGAGCUCUACCUGGUGACGAACCUGAUGGGCGCAGACCUCAACAACAUCGUUAAGUUCCAGAGGCUGUCAGACGAGCACGUGCAGUUCCUGAUUUACCAGCUCCUCCGGGGCCUCAAGUACAUCCACUCGGCAGGACUGAUCCACAGAGACCUCAAACCGAGCAACGUGGCGGUGAAUGAAGACUGCGAGCUGAGGAUCCUGGACUUCGGCCUGGCCCGGCAGACGGACGACGAGAUGACGGGAUACGUGGCGACGCGCUGGUACCGGGCGCCGGAGAUCAUGCUCAACUGGAUGCACUACAACCAGAACGUGGACAUCUGGUCGGUGGGAUGCAUCAUGGGAGAGCUGCUGAAGGGGAAGGUGCUGUUCCCCGGCACCGACUACAUCGACCAGCUGAAGAGGAUCAUGGAGGUGGUCGGCACGCCGACUCCAGAGCUGCUGCAGAAGAUCUGCUCCGAGCACGCGCAGAAGUACAUCCAGUCCCUCCCCUUCAUGCCCCAGCAGGACCUGGAGAAGAUCUUCCGAGGAGCCAACCCUCUGGCUGUGGACCUGCUGAAGCGCAUGCUGGUCCUGGACUGCGACGGCAGGAUCUCCGCCGCCGAGGCGCUGGCACACCCCUACUUCUCACAGUACCACGACCCGGACGACGAGCCGGAGGCGCCGCCCUACGACCAGACCCUGGAGAGCAAGGACCGAACGCUGGAGGAGUGGAAAGAGCUGGUGUUUGAGGAAGUGAGCAGCUUCAGCUCUCAGGGCAACAAGCCCGACAGCCUGCAGGUGGAGCAGUGAGCCGCCGCCGCCGCCGCCUCCUGAUGGGAAACCCCGGCUCCACGGUGUGAGCAGAGCCGAGUGUUUCUGGGCGGCGUGGAGACCGAGUGCACAUCUUCUAACCACAGAGGACGUCUUAGAGUGGAACUGAACGGUGUCUUCAGCCGGGCAGAAGUUGCUUCCUGUUUUGCUUCCAGCCUCUUCGGAGAAAAGAGGAAGGACAGCCGGACGCAAGC